AUGCUAUUGACAGUAUUGGUGGCUAUCUCCACCAUUUUUACCGUUCUGCUACUCCUGCUCCCCUCCCCAGGACAUACUGCGGAUCAACAAUGUUCGGUCCAAGUUGUGGUGCUGGGCGAUCUGGGCCGCAGUCCCCGGAUGCAAUAUCAUGCUUUGAGUAUCGCAACCCACGGUGGCCGUGUUCAACUUGUUGGUUACAGAGAGACUGAUCCAUUACCCGAGCUGGUUGCGCAUCCGGCGGUCACAGUGAUCCCGUUAACACCUGCUCCUCGGUGGCUUCAAACUGGCAACAAGCUCCUGUUUCUUCUAUUUGGCCCACUGAAAGUCCUUCUGCAGACUUGGACGCUUUGGAACACUUUAAGCUACGCCACUGCUCCUUCUAAAUGGAUGCUUGUGCAGAAUCCGCCCUCUAUCCCUACUUUACUGGUUGUGACUGCUGUGUGUUUCUUUCGGCGGACUCGGCUCGUCGUCGACUGGCAUAAUUUUGGGUAUUCCAUCCUAGCUCUAAAGCUCGGCGCCGAUCACCCUCUGGUUGCCAUCUCCAAAUUGUACGAAACCGGCCUGGCGAAGGUUGCGACUGCAAACUUUUCCGUCACGGACGCCAUGGCUCGAGUUUUGAAAUCGGAUUACAAAAUCACUGCUCCCAUCUUGACUUUGCAUGACCGACCAGCAGACUUGUAUCAGCCUUUGACAGCUCCCAAACGGAUAGCCUUCUUGCAGCGUUACCCACUCAUCCGAGAACAUUUCAAUGCAAUUGUAGACGCAAAGGCAAGGUUGAUCGUCUCUUCAACCUCAUGGACUGCUGACGAAGACUUCGGUCUUCUCCUGGAUGCUCUCUGUGCCUACUCUGCCAGCGCCACCUCUUCCCAUCCACACCUCCCAGAACUUGUCGUUGUUAUCACCGGGAAAGGACCUCAACAGCAACGUUAUCUCGACAAAAUUCGGGAGUUGCGGUCCGCACAAGUUCUGGAAAUGGUGAGCAUCUAUACCGACUGGCUUAGCUUCGAAGACUACGCUCUUCUAUUGGGAUCUGCGGAUCUCGGUGUGUCCCUGCAUACCAGCAGCAGCGGGGUUGACCUGCCCAUGAAGGUGGUCGACAUGUUUGGCGCGGGACUUCCUGUGGCGGGCUGGAGCAGCUUUGCUGCGUGGUCGGAGCUAGUGACGGAGAAUGUCAAUGGCAAAGGCUUCGGCAGCUCAGAAGAACUGGCAGAUAUUCUCCAGGACUUGUUUGAUCCCAAAUCACAACAACUUACGACACUAAAGGAUGGAGCUGUGAGGGAGAGUCAACGGCGAUGGGGUUCUGAGUGGGAUCCAGUCGCUGGGAAGGUCUUCGGUCUAGCAACCUGA